AAUAAAACAAAGGUCUUUGCCGUUUAACUAAAAAAAAGUCCUAAUUGCCGAUUUAUAUUUUAUUUAUAUUUAUUGCUUUUGAAUUUAAGAUUGCACCAAACAUGUUUUAGAUCACAUGGCAUUUAUUUUAUUGAUAUUCUUUUUACUUUUAAUAACAUUAUUUUUAAUAUGGAUUUAUUGGGUAAGAAGCUACAACCUGAAUUUUGUACCUUCGCCUUUAAGAUUUCCUCUAUUUGGUUGUGCUUUGUUUUUGAAGAGUGAAAGCCAUGAACUUUUUAAACAAGUCCGUUGGUUUUUUUCAGAAUUUGGAUCUGCAUUCUGUUUAUGGAUUGGCCCUAAACCAGUUUUAAUGACAGGAAAUAUUGAUCAUAUACAAACAGUAUUAAAAAGUCAAAAAAUAAUUACUAAAAGUUCGUCCUACACUUUUCUUAAUGAAUGGCUAGGAACAGGGCUAUUAACAAGUACCGGAGCCAAAUGGAAAUCCAGAAGAAAAGUUCUUACAAAAGCAUUUCAUUUUUCAAUUAUUAAUAGUUAUGUUGAUAGUUUUUAUCAGAAUUCAGUUUCCCUAAGUAAUCACCUUGAAAAUCAUUCUGGAGUGCCUAUUAAUAUACAAGCAUUAAUGAGUUUAUUUACUCUUGAUAUUAUAUGUGAAACAGCUAUGGGUUUUAAACUAAAUUCCAUGAAAAAUCUGAAUUGUGAUUAUGUAAAUGCUGUAGAAGAGGUUAAAAUUCUAUUAAUUGAACGCCAAAAAAGUCCAUGGUUGUGGAACAAGUUUGUAUAUAAACUUUUUUCAUCUGGGAAAAAAUUCUACACACAACUUCAGGUUUUAAAAUCAUUCACCAAAAAAAUUGUAAAUAAGAGAAUUAAAAAUUAUUCUUUAUCUUCAAAUGGCUGCAAAUCUUUUUUAGAUCUGUUAAUUGAUGCUUAUAAUCAAGGUAAAAUUGAUUUGGAAGGCAUUUAUGAAGAAGUUGAUACAUUUAUGUUUGCAGGGCAUGACACAACUGCUGCUGCUUUGAGUUAUAUUUUUUUAAUGCUAGGCACUCACCCAAAAGUGCAAAAAAAGUUACACGAAGAAAUUGAUACAAAUGUAAAUAUAAAUUCUUAUGAAAAUUUAUCUGAAAAAAUAAGGAAAAUGGAGUACCUUGACUGUGUAAUCAAAGAAUCUUUAAGACUCCAUCCUCCUGUAUCAGUCUUUGGACGUAUUUUAGAAGAUGAUACUAUAUUCAGUAAUCAUUUGGUAGGUAAGGGUGCAGAUAUUGUUUUGUGUCCAGAAACUUUGCACACUGACCCUUUAUACUGGGAAAAUCAUAGAUCUUUUAUACCAGAACGAUUUUCUAAUGUUGAAUUUGCAUUUCGCCAGCCAUAUUUGUAUAUUCCAUUUUCUGCUGGUCCCAGGAAUUGUAUUGGUCAAAAAUUUGCAUUGAUGGAAAUUAAAAUUGCUAUAUUUGUAGUUAUGUCUAAAUUUAUUGUAACUGCAGUUGAACAAUGUUUAUCUCCAAUGGCUACAUUUAUCCAAAGAUAUGAAAAUGGAGUUUUGAUGCUGUUUGAGGAACGAAAAAAAGGACCGUCUGAGCUAUUUUUAAAGAACAGCGAAAAAUGUUCUUUAGAAGGUGUGACCGCAUUACGUAAAGAAGAAUUUUUGGGAUUAAAAGUUUGACUUUUAUUUAAUUUUUAAAAAUAUGCAUGUGUACAUUUUUAAAAUUUUUAUAUAUUUAAUUUAUCAAAUUUGUGUAGAUAUAUUGAUAUAAGUAAUAUAAUCAGUUUUUUUAAAUCAAUCUUAUUGAACCGUAAAUGAAAACUAUAGUAGGUCGUCAAACACUGUCUACUGUGUUUACCAUUCUGUGGCGUUGGUCCUUAUACAACACAGUAUUAGACAUUUGGGUCUCAAAAUGGUACGAGACGAAACGGUAAAAAUAUUGUUUCAAUACAAUACGAAGCAAAAAAUUGAUUUUUUAAUUUUGUAAAAACGGUGCAAAACAAUAAUGAUCGGUUUGAAUAGUCUCAAACUUAGCUGCUGAGAGACUAGGAGAAGAUGCAGAUGUCUACAUAUUGUAAUAAAAAUGUGAAACCCCCGGGAAAUUUUAACUACGAUUCGGAAUAAUUGUAUUCUCAAAUCGUUGUUUUUUUCUUUUAUUUAAUAAAUUUAUUUUUAAAAUUUUUAA